AAAUACACUUUAGCUUGGUUCUCUUCGAAUUAUAACUCCGUCUGGACGUCUCGUUCCUUUUAUUUCUUGGUUGAAUAAAAUAUUAAAAAAAAUGUUUUAAUACAAUUUUGUUAAAUACUAUAAGUAAUUGAAUAUAAGAGUUUACUGUGUAAAUAGAAAUAAAUAACAUUUUAAGGAUGUGGCACGAAGCCCGCAAGCAAGAGCGUAAGAUAAGAGGUCUCAUUGUUGAUUACAGACGCCGGGCAGAGCGCAGGCAGGAUUUUUAUGAGAAAAUUCAAGCUGAUCCAACACAAUUUAUACAGAUACAUGGAAGAAGAUGUAAAAUUCAUUUAGAUCCAGCCGUGGCCAGCGCUGGAGAUGGUGCCGCAAUCAUUGUGCCAUGGCAAGGUCAACAUGACAAUCUCAUAGAUCGUUUUGAUGUACGAGCCCAUCUCGAUUAUAUACCACCUGUGCCGAAAACCAAUGACAGUGAAACUGAAUUAUCACAGGAGGAACGUCAAUGUAACUACGAACGUUAUCGGAUAUUGGCACAAAAUGAUUUCCUCAAUUUAUCCGAAGAGAAAUUUCUUCAUCAACUAUUUUUGGAAGAACAAUUUGGAGCUAAUGCCCCCUUAGACCCCAUGGGUCAGGCCAAUCAAACCAAAAAGAAAUCACAAAAACCAGGUGCAGCUAUUGGUUACUCUUACGAUGAUUCCACUGACAAUACUGUCGGCGGGGUCAUUGACACCCAACAACCGUUUGCUCAUUUGAAACAUGCUGGCGGUGCUACAAGUUCCAAGAAGACUGAAAAUGACUCUGAAUCAGAGUCGGACUCUGACAUUGAUAUGGAUGUUUCCAUAGAUGUAUCCAAAUUGGAUACGACCCAGGCCCAUGAAUUGAAUGCCUGUGGCCGGAAUUAUGGUAUGUUGAGUAAUGAUUUUUACUCCUAUCUGACCAAGGAUGCUGAUGAGGCAGAUGCCCUGCGUAUAGCCAGAGAAGAAGAAAGAGAAAAAAUGUUGCUGGGCGGUCGUAAAUCAAGAAGAGAGAGGCGUGCUCAAAAGGAAAGACGUUUAGCUCGACGUACAUUCAGUCCGCCCAGUUAUGCGGCAAAAGAAGACAAUACCGGCAAAGAUGAAGAGAGUGAUUCGCGGUCGCCUUCACCCUCAGAUACUACGGAGAAAAUUACGUAUAUCACCUCGUUUGGGGGAGAAGAUGAACUGCAACCUCAUUCCAAAAUUACCAUAACUCUUGGAAAGAGUAAUACACUUGGCGCUGCUUGUGUGGAUGCCAGCACUUCCUCGGCCCAUCACACAACCUAUGCACAAAAGGUGAAAGAGAACUUGGAUAAGUUGAAGAAAAUCAAUGAGUCAUCGACCAAGAAGACUUCGUCGCGUAGCAGAAGUCGAAGUUAUACACGAAGUCGUAGUCGUUCUCGCAGCCGAUCGCACAAGCGCUCCUAUAGAAGUUCACGACGUUCACGCUCCCGGAGCCCAUCAUAUAAGCGGCGUCGUAAGAGUAGCAGGCGAACACGAUCUCGAUCACGUUCCAAAUCGAGAUCUAGAUCUCUUUCGAAAUCACGCAGGCAUCAUUCGUCUCGCCGCUACCGAAGUCCGUAUAGACGAUCACGUACACGAUCACAUUCAAAGUCGAAAUCUCGACGUAGACGUUAUACAUCUCGUUCGUCAAGUCGAUCUUCUCAUCGCAGUUCAGUGUCGCCGUCACAUCGCUCGUCGUCGAGAAGGGGUCGAUAUAGUCCAAAAUAUGAAAAACUUAGGAAGAGAUCGCUGUCACCAGUUAAGGAAAAAUCUCCUGCACCACAGCCAUUGGAAAAAUCUGUGAAACCAAUGGAAAGUAAUGUUGAUAUCAUAUCAAUGAGCACACAACCUCCACCACCACCUCCGCCUAUUUUAGACACCGAAGAUGCCACAGCAUUUAAAACAUCCAAUGUUCCAGAGGUAACAGUCAUAGAACCACCACCACCACCCCUCAAGCGUUAUUAUGGACGUAAACGUGGAGAAUACUCCUCCUCUUCGGACAGUGACUCCGACACGGAAGAGGAUUCGAAGGCUGCUAAAUCAGCAGAAAACACAGAUGUGCAGGAAAAUAUGGAUAUGGACACUACCUCUGAAAAAUCAAAUCCUUUGCCAUCAACAUCAGCUGCCACUGUGGCAACAUACAAGGGUAAACUACAAACGGGCAAAUACUCCACCACGGCCACAUCAGUUAGUAAUGCUCCCGAGACCAAAGGUACUUCGUCAAGUGUCUCAGGUGGCAGCACCGCAGCUACAGUUUCCAGUGGUCGUUUGAAUUUGCGUGAACGCCUUAAGAAGAAAAUGCAGAAUUUGCUUAACAAGCAAUAUAAGGCAGAUAAAAAAGCUGAAAUCGAAAAAUCCGAAAGGGAACGCCAAAUGCAACAAGAAAGAUAUGAGGAGAUGCGUGAAUUGGCCAUAAAAUUGAGAAGAAGGCAACGUGAAAUUCGUCACCGUUAUGGCACUCCAAAUAGCAAAGCUUCUGAAAGUGAAGCAUCGGAAUAUGCUGCAGCCAUUGCUAGUGCAAGGGAACAGCGCAGUAAAUCCCGCAGUAGCGAAAGAUCGCUGCGAAAAUCACCACCAACAACGCGACGAACAGAACAAGAACCGAAACGCACUUCCCCUGCAACUAGAAGACGUUCGCGCAGUCGUGAAGGUAGGAGAUCAGAAGGUCGCUCUAGCCGACAACCCAAAUCACGUUCGCAGUCACGUAAUCGACGUAGUAGUUCAAGGCGACGUAGACGAAGUAUGUCUCGCUCAAGACGAUAUCGUGACUCCAGCCAGGAGCGUUCAACACGUUUCGCAUCGGAACGGUCUCGAUAUGAUGAUCGCCAUCGGCGGUCACGUUCACGAAAUGAUCGUGAUCGCGACCGUAUCAGAGAUAGGACGGAACGGGAAAGAGAACGUGAAAGGGAGAGGGACCGGGAUCGGGAACGAGAAAGACAGAGACAUGGUAGCGGCAGUGAUCGUUACCGUUCCGAUCGAGAUAUGGGUGACAUGGGACGCGAUCGCUCAGACAGAGAUAGAUCGAAUCGAGGCAACAGGGGGGAUCAUCAACGCAUUGACGAUUCCAAUCAGCAACGAGCGCAACAAACUCAACAAUCUUCAUCUACCUCCACUUCAACAACGUCUACCAGCCGUAGUCGCGUUGUUAUUUCAGCUCCACCAAAAUUGAAGAAAUUGGUGGAUUAUUAAAUGCUAACGUUGUUUUCAUUUCCUUUCCUUAUAAUUUCUAUUAUUUGUUUUCUUCUAUUAUCGUAUUCUUUUAAUAAUUUCUGCAAACUAUUUUCUAAGUACAAUAUGAAGAAGAAAAAACAGUACGUACGUAUGUUACAAUCUUUUUACAAAGCCUGAAGAAAAACAAAACAAAAUAAAGCAAUUUGUUAUCGGAUUUAAUAAAUUAGCGUGGCUAAACUUAGCUUGAGCGUAAUUAAAAAGAAAAACAA